AUGACGUUUGAGGCGACUGGCAUGACGCCACUCAUGUACGCCGUGAAGGACAAUCGCACCUCGUUCGUAGAGCGGCUCAUCGAUCUUGGAUCAGACGUCGGCGCAAGAAACAAUGAUAACUACAAUGUGCUGCACAUAUCGGCUAUGUACUCGCGAGAGGAUAUUGUCAAGCUACUGCUGGCCAAACGAGGAGUUGACCCUUUUGCCACCGGGGGAAGCCGACAACAAACUCCGGUGCACUUGGUGGCGAGCAGGCAGACAGGCACGGCCACGAGCAUCCUGCGCGCGUUACUCACUGCUGCCGGCAAGGACAUACGACUACGACCAGAUGGGAGGGGUAAAAUCCCGUUGCUGCUGGCGGUGGAGGCGGGCAACCAGAGCAUGGUGCGGGAGCUACUCUCGGCGCAGACCGCAGAACAACUGAAGGCUAGUACACCGGCUGGUGACACAGCCCUCCACCUAGCAGCCAGGAGACGUGACGUAGACAUGACGCGUAUUCUGGUGGACUACGGUGCUUCAGUGGAUGCAGUCAAUGGCGCGGGGCAAACUCCGUUGCACAUCGCGGCUGCUGAGGGAGACGAGCCUUUGGUCAAAUACUUCUAUGGCGUUAGAGCUAAUGCUGGUAUUGCGGAUAACGAAGAUCGGACACCUAUGCAUCUCGCAGCAGAGAAUGGGCACGCAACGAUCAUUGAACUCCUUGCUGACAAGUUCAAAGCAUCAAUCUUCGAAAGAACAAAAGAUGGAAGCACUCUGAUGCAUAUUGCGUCGCUGAAUGGACACGCUGAUUGUGCUAUGAUGCUGUUUAAGAAAGGAGUAUAUCUACAUAUGCCUAAUAAGGAUGGUGCGCGUAGUAUCCACACAGCAGCUCGGUACGGUCACGUCGGGAUCAUCAACACGUUAUUACAGAAAGGAGAGAGUGUCGAUGUAACUACCAAUGACAACUACACAGCUUUGCAUAUAGCAGUGGAGUCAUGCAAGCCAAUUGUAGUGGAGACGUUGUUAGGGUACGGCGCAGAUGUACACAUACGAGGCGGUAAACAGAGAGAAACACCUCUACACAUCGCCGCCAGAAUUCCAGAUGGUGACAAAUGCGCGCUGAUGCUAUUGAAAUCAGGUGCUGGACCAAACAAGACAACCGAGGAUGGAAUGACACCCGUCCAUGUAGCUGCUAAGUUUGGAAACCUGGCUACGUUAUUGCUGCUUUUGGAAGACGGUGGAGAUCCUUUAAGGAAGACCAAGACCGGUGAAACUCCUCUGCAUAUGGCAUGUCGGAGUUGUAAACCAGAUGUGGUUGGGCAUCUUAUAAAUUUUGUAAAAGACAGCAAAGGUGAAAGCGUCGCAACAUCCUACAUCGAUGCCGUCGACGAUGAUGGGGCUAGUGCCUUACAUUAUGCAUGCAAAAUCACAAAGGAAGAAGUUAAAAUACCUGGAGCAGACAAAGAUGUUGUUAAAUGCCUCAUAGAGAACAAUGCUAAUGUAACGCUUACAACAAAACAUAAUCACGAAACUGCAUUCCAUUUCUGUGCUAUGGCAGGAAACAACGAAGUAAUGAGCGAAAUGAUCACUCACAUGUCCGCUGCUGAUGUUGGUAGAGCGCUGAACAGACAAAAUUCCGUCGGGUGGACACCUCUUCUAAUUGCUUGUCAUAGAGGACAUAUGGAACUUGUGAAUAAUUUACUAGCAAAUCAUGCUAGAGUCGAUGUUUUCGAUAUCGAAGGCCGAUCAGCCUUACAUUUAGCUGCUGAACAUGGAUAUUUACAAGUCUGUGAUGCGUUGCUGACGAAUAAAGCGUUCAUAAACUCAAAAGCAAGAAAUGGACGGACAGCACUACAUUUAGCAGCAAUGAAUGGUUAUGCACAUUUAGUAAAGUUUUUGAUAAGGGACCAUAAUGCAAUGAUUGACGUGUUAACUUUGAAGAAACAGACUCCGCUACAUUUGGCUGCUGCUAGUGGUCAAAUGGAGGUUUGUAAAUUACUACUUGAACUGGGAGCAAAUAUUGAUGCAACGGAUGAAAUGGGUGAAAAACCAAUUCACGCAGCUGCACAGAAUAAUAAUUCUGAAGUAGUACAGCUAUUCUUACAACAGCAUCCAAACUUAGUCGUAGCAACGACAAAAGAUGGAAACACUUGUGCUCACAUAGCAGCCAUUCAGGGUUCGGUGAAAGUGAUAGAGGAACUGAUGAAAUUUGAUCGUACUGGUGUGAUAACUGCAAGAAAUAAACUAAAUGAUUCGACUGCAUUGCAAUUAGCUGCUGAGGGCGGCCACGCAGAUGUAGUAAGAACUUUAGUAAGGGCUGGAGCCUCAUGUACUGAUGAAAACAGACAAGGUCUUACAGCUGUACAUUUGGCAGCGCAGCAUGGACAUACAAACGUGUUAGAUGUAAUGAGAUCGACAAAUACCCUGCGGACGUCCAGUAAAAAGUUAGGGUUGACUCCGCUCCAUAUUGCUGCUUACUAUGGACAAGCUGAAACGGUUCGAGAGUUGCUGUCCUUUGUGCCCGGCACAGUAAAAUCAGAAGCUCCUACAGGCAUGUCUCUAGUACCAGUAUUAGGGGCAGAAUCCGGUUUGACCCCUCUACACUUGGCUGCGUAUAAUGGCAAUGAGAAUGUAGUGAGGUUACUAUUGAACUCCGCUGGUGUGCAAGCUGAUGCUGCCACUACUGAGAAUGGCUUUAACCCCCUUCAUCUGGCAUGUUUUGGAGGACACAUGUCAAUUGUUGGUCUGCUUCUUAGUAGAUCUGCAGAAUUAUUACAAAGUACAGACCGACAUGGCAAAACUGGUCUACACAUAGCUUCCACAUACGGACACUAUCAGAUGGUGGAAGUGUUACUGGGUCAGGGUGCUGAAAUCAAUGCAACAGAUAAAAAUGGCUGGACUCCUCUACAUUGCGCAGCUAAAGCUGGACAUUUAAAUGUUGUCAAACUGCUCUGUGAAUCGGGAGCAUCACCAAAGAGUGAAACGAAUCUAAACUGUGCCCCCAUAUGGUUCGCGGCUUCGGAAAAUCACAACGACGUAUUAGAAUACUUAUUACAUAAGGAACACGAUACGCAAUCAUUGAUGGACGAUAAAAGAUUUGUCUACAACUUAAUGGUUUGCUCAAAGAAUCACAAUAACAUUCCAAUAGAGGAGUUCGUGUUGGUGUCACCGGCGCCGGUCGACACUGCCGCUAAGUUAUCGAACAUUUACAUCAAUUUAUCUACAAAGGAAAAGGAGCGUGCCAAAGAUCUUAUAGCUGCUGGUAAACAAUGCGAGGCGAUGGCUACGGAGCUGCUGGCGCUGGCCGCUGGCGCGGACUCCGCUGGUCAUAUCCUUACUGCCACUGAUAAUAGAAACAUCGAGUUCUUGGAUGUGCUCAUUGAGAAUGAACAAAAGGAAGUUAUAGCACACACAGUCGUUCAGAGAUAUCUUCAGGAACUCUGGCGAGGGAGUCUCAAAUGGACGGGCCUCCAAAUUAUGUUCCUUUUUGUCGCAUUCAUAAUCUGUCCACCAGUUUGGCUGGUGUUUUCUCUUCCACUAGGCCAUAAAUACAAUAAGAUUCCAAUAAUGAAAUUCAUGUCGUAUUUAACGUCUCAUAUAUACCUCAUGGUAUUGCUAGCCUUAGUAGCGAUAACUCCUAUUUAUAGUUCUAUAUUUAGGGAGAGCCUCGUACCGCGGUGGUACGAAUGGAUGUUGCUUGUGUGGUUGAGCGGGCUGUUGCUCUUUGAGCUCACCAAUCCCAGUGACAAGUCGGGAUUAGGAUGGAUUAAAAUAGCUGUAUUGUUAUUAGGCAUGAUAGGUGUAGCGACGCAUGUCGUUGGGUGGAUUUUCGUUCAGCCCAAGUAUUGGCCUACUCUUAUGUACUGCAGAAAUCAAUGCUUAGCCUUAUCGUUCUUGCUGGCUUGCGUCCAGAUUUUAGACUUCUUAUCCUUCCAUCACCUCUUCGGUCCUUGGGCGAUCAUUAUCGGUGACCUGAUGAAAGAUUUGGGCCGGUUUCUUGCCGUGUUAGCAAUUUUCGUGUUCGGUUUCUCAAUGCACAUCGUCGCGCUUAACCAACCCUUCAGGAAUAUUCACAAGGCGGAAGACAAUAAGUAUGCACGACAACAGAGGAGAAAGAUCUUUUCCGACGCGACGUUGUCACCGUACGAGGCGUUCGAGAAAUUGUUCUUCGCCAUUUUCGGCCAGAUCACGCUCUCAGACCUGAACUACAUCUCCGACGUGCGCCCCUUGUGGACACAGAACCUGUUCAAGCUUAUCUUCGGGAGCUACUUACUGAUGUCGGUCGUGGUGCUCAUUACGCUCCUUAUUGCGAUGAUGUCGGACACUUAUCAGCGCAUACAGGCACAAUCGGACAUCGAGUGGAAGUACGGUCUGUCGAAGUUAAUCCGCAACAUGCACCGCACCAAUACUGCGCCCGCGCCGCUUAAUCUCGUCACCACUUGGCUCAUGUGGCUAAUCGCGAGAUGCAAGGAGCGAAUGACUAAGAAGAAGCGACCAAGUCUGGUGCACAUGAUUGGUCUGAACCGCCAGGACCAGAUGAGCGCAAGAUCGAAAGCUGGCGCCAAGUGGCUCUCCAAAGUCAAGCGAGGACAGGUUGUGCCCAAAGAUUCAACCCGCCUAUCCGUGGUGCACCUCAGUCCCAUUGGAUCUCAAUUGAGCUUCAACAAUAUGACGAGAAUAGAAAACGUAGUUGAUUGGGAAGUCAUAGCAAAGAAGUAUCGAGCUCUAUGGAGGGACGAGCCAGAGGAGCCUAUUCUCAAAGAGAGCGAAACCGACGCUGCUGAUGACGUCUCCGAAAUAGUUGCUAAUAAUGUUGCUGCUGCCCCGCCUUGAACAACACAAUAUAUCUUUUGGGAACAAAUGAACAAAGGUCACAAAACGGACCAAUA